UUGUUGUUUUUAGCAAAAGGGACUGCGUGUGUGUGAUGUUAAUUAAGCAUUUUCGUCAGCGCCCGCGCGAUCAACGUCACUUAGAAACUAAAUUAGUACAAAUGUGAACAGUCGUUUUUCGGUCUAGUAAGAUGAAAUAAAGAUAUUGUGUUCUACAAAGGAAAUACAAACAGCCAGAGACCACAGAUUCACGCCCACACACACCCUUCUGAAAGCCGCCGCCCCUCCCUUACAAGUAUUUUUUACGUGCAGCUGGAUUUGAAAAACAAAAACAAAAAAACAGCUAAUCUUUACGUGUGUCGCGUCAUGGCCUGUCGAAUGGAGAAUAACAGCAGAGCCAGCGGUAGUGGCAACGGCGAUGCACUGCCCACAUCUUCACUUAACGGUGCCAUUACUGAUAAGAUGGCGACGCUGAAUCUAGACAGGUCUGAAACAACAACGACAACCAUGCGCAGUAAUGGCAAGCAUAAACCACCGAUGGAGGAGCUAGCGCAACUCCUGCAGCAACAGGAGCAGCAAUCCCCACAGGAAUUGCAACAACAACCACAGCAACAGCAACAGACACCGCAAAAACAGGCCAUGUCUGCGGAUGAUCGAAAGGCUACCAAGAAAUCUCUAGUCAUUGUUGCAGCAAUAUUCGUUGCCAGUGUGGCGACCAUGUGCUAUGUCUAUGCAAUAUUUCCCGAAUUGAAUGAGUCUGAGAAGCAACAUUUGAAAAUACCGCGUGAUAUACAAGAUGCUAAAAUGCUGGCCAAAGUCCUCGAUCGCUACAAGGAUAUGUAUUACUUUGAAGUGAUGUUCGGCGUAGUUGUCGCCUAUGUAUUCCUACAAACAUUCGCCAUUCCCGGCUCACUAUUCCUGUCGAUUUUACUCGGCUUCCUUUACAAGUUCCCCAUCGCCCUGUUCCUGAUCUGUUUCUGUUCGGCGCUGGGGGCCACACUCUGCUACACACUCUCGAAUCUGGUGGGACGCCGCCUUAUCCGUCACUUCUGGCCAAAGAAGACCAAUGAAUGGUCGAAGCACGUGGAGGAGUAUCGGGACAGUCUCUUCAACUACAUGCUGUUCCUGCGCAUGACACCAAUUUUGCCGAAUUGGUUCAUCAAUCUAGCCUCGCCCGUUAUCGGAGUGCCGUUGCACACCUUCGCCCUGGGCACGUUCUGCGGUGUGGCGCCGCCAUCGGUGAUCGCCAUACAGGCAGGAAAAACCUUACAGAAGAUGACCAGUUCGAGUGAGGCCUUCUCCUGGACCUCGAUGGGGAUACUGACGGUGUGUGCCUGCGCAUCUCUCCUGCCCGGACUCCUAAAGAACAAGUUUAAGAAGAAGAAGGCGUAAAUGCAUUAACCGGGGCUAAGGAGGGGAUGCACAAGCCAUACCCACAUGCCCAUACCAUAUACCGAUUGACCCGAGCGCCUGGGACUGGGACACUCGACUGCGCGAAUAUACAACAUCCAAGGAUCCAACGAUGCUGGCGUGUUGGAGUUUCCCAAAAUGCUAUUUCCAAAAACAAAACAAAAAAUCCAAACAAAAAUCAUAAACUGUAUUUAUACACGCCGUAUAUGUUGUAAUUAAACGAGCGAAGGAUCUAUUUUUUAAACCGUCGGGUAUCCACUAUGCUUAAGUCUACUACAAAUAUCUGUGUUUAUUUUAUGAUAAUUAUUAUUAUUAAUAUGAAUUAAUUCUUAUACACUUUUUUUUCUAUAUACUUACAUACAUAUUAUUACCACACUUUUGCAUCAUAUAUUUCCAUGAAUUGUUUUUAAGUUAGUGAAUUUUUGUUUAGUGCUAUUGCAGUAUUUACCCUAGAAAAGUAAAAGUAAAUCAAUUAGCGAAAAUCCAUUGAAUGUUACGUCACACGUCUGUAUGUUUGUAUUGUAUGUAUGUGCGCAAGUAAAUGUUCGAAAAUGAUAACCCA